GACUGUGGAUAAAAAAAAAAACAAAACUUGGCAGAAGACUACAAAUAUCUUUAACUCCACAGUAGCAACCUCGGGCGAAAAGAGUUUUGUGCAGUUAAGAAGCACAUAUGAGUCCUUGAAGCAUAAGACGAAGAAAAAAAUGUCCACUCAUAAGACCGAAGUCUAUAAAACUGGUGGUGGACCAUCAACUUCAGCCCUGAGUUGCCUGGAGGAAAAAAUCGCUGGAAUGGGGGGAUUGCAGUUCACACCCGAAGACAACGUAUAUGAUUCCAAUGCGGACUUUAACAGCAAAGUAGAAAGCGAUUCCGUUGAUGUACUUCCGGAGUACUUGGAAGAAUUCCAAAUACUUACUCCGUCGAACGACAUUAGUGAAAUCAUUGCGUUAUCGCCACCUGCUCCAUCAACUUCAAAAAACUUCGUUCAAAAAGCAAGAGCAAAAGGAAGAAUGACCAAAAGGGUUGGAACCAACCUUCACAAAUGUGAUGAAAUUUGCUCCCUCAAGAAAAAAAAUUGGAGAAGGAGCUACAGAUCCUUGAAGUAGAGCUAAAAAUCAAGGAGAUCGAGCUUCAACUUAACCCUGCAGUCGUCGUGCACCAAAAUGUUACACCAGUCGUCGCGUGGAUUACAUAUGUAAUCCAUUUUAAAAUUAGAAUAAACCAAAAUGCUUUAAUUUUUUCAAAUUUAUUUUGGCUUUAAAAUGUAAUUACAUGUUAUAUUAAGUUAAGUUAACUAAGUGUUUUAUCUAUUUAACUGUAAAUACUAAAAGAGAUGAAAAAUCCCCACCACUAGUUUCUUAGGAAUACUCCAUUUUGUAUGAGUGGAUUACAAUAGUAAUCCGCGCGACGA